UCAUGAAUAAAUUUUUAAAAAAUAUCGAUGGAUCAUUUCACAGAGGAAAUCUCUGACACCAAAAAUAUUAAUAUUUCUCUUAUUAUAUUUUCUCAUCCUGGACAGAACAUCACCCUGCUCUGUAACAUCACUAAUUAUACUGAGAUAUCAUGGUAUCGACUGAGAUCUGAGGAGGUGAAGCUGCUGAUAUCUGCUGAAAAAGGGAACCUGAAGAAAACCUUUUUCUUCAUUUAUAAUGUGAACGAGAAUCACUUUGUUGUAACAGAAAGCAGCAGUUCAGUCGGUUUAGUGAUUACUGGAGUUAGAGAGACAGAUCUGGGAUUUUAUUACUGUGGAGGUCGAAACAGAACGACACACAUUCAGUUUGGGAAACCCAUCAGACUGAACUUUACAGACAAGUGUGUUAGCAGUAGAGACCUGAUCGAGACGGUACCUCAAACACUCCUGAUGAAUCCUAGUGAACAGAGUCAGAAACUCUUCUCAUUAUUAAAGUAAAGCAUCAUUAGUUCAACUCCACACGAUGUUAUGAAACAGUUCUCUGCUGCUCCUGUGUGUCUCUCUGCAGGAAGUCAAGCUGCAACACACUGCUGAUUUGACCUGUGUGACCUACACAAGAGUCUCCUGAAGGCCCAGAAACUAUUUAACAGCAUGAAUCACCACGUCACAGAGAACCUGCUAUGAUCUGGUCUACAUCUGACCACAACAUUUAGUACAAUAAUUUUUAAUAAGUUUCAUUAAAUAGAUAGAUAUGUGAGAAUUAUUCUAAAAGCUGUGGUCAGUUUUCAUUUAAAGACGUUUCAGAAAUGGUAUUUAUAGCGUCUCUGAAUUCUGAGUAAAGGUCUGAGCUCAUGUUUCUGUUCAGCUGUGUGCUAUGUCCUGUUCAGACCGUGUGGUUAACACCACCAGUAGCCCUCAUCUUCCUUCCAUUUUAGGAUAUGUGAAGAAAGCAUUGUGUUGUGUUUUUUUUUUUUUUUUUUUGUUAGCAUUGUAGGUAGAUCUGUGUAAAGAACAUAAACUGCUAAAAUGUUGAUUGUGCUCGGAUCUAUAUGCACCUUCGUGAUGUGAGCAGUUUAUUGGACAGAUAAAAUACAGAGCAGGAUGUAGGACCAUGUGGCUAAAACCAGGCCUGAAAUGCACCCUGUUUUUUUUUUUUUUUUUUUUUUUAACUCCACAAACUGAGUGUGAAACAUCAGCACUUUUUCUCAGAGUGCUGGAGGGUGUGUGUGAGACAUGGCCAAACUCCUGUCUACAUUUAUUCUACAGAUGCUGUUUGCUUUCUUUACACCGUGUCUCCUUCAGAUUGCUUCAACUGAUCAUUUAUCUGUCCAUCCUGGAGAGAGCAUCAUCCUGCUCUGUAACAUCACUAAUUAUUCUGAGAUAUCAUGGUAUCGACUGAGAUCUGAGGAGGUGAAGCUGCUGAUAUCUGCUGUAAAAGGGAACCUGAAGAAACAGUUUAUCCUCAGUUAUAAUGUGAACGUGAGUCACUUUGAUAUAACAGAAAGCAGCAGUUCAGUCAGUUUAGUGAUUAUUGGAGUUAGAGAGACAGAUCUGGGAUUUUAUUACUGUGGAGGUCAAAACAAAACGACACAUAUUCAGUUUGGGAAACCCAUCAGACUGAACUUUACAGAAGAUCAACAUCGUGAGACUGAUCACUCAGACACACAGCAGUCUGCACCUCCUGCACACUGUGGAGAUAUUAUUAUUAUUAUUAUUAUUAUUAUAAUCCUGUCGUGUGUGUGUGUGGUCUCUGUUUCAAUAAGCAUCACCUGCUCCUCUCUGUACUGUUCCAGUCUACAAGAUAAGUGUUCUUUCACCGGGGACUCGGAUGAGAAGGUAACAGAAAAACAAGGAAAUGUAGUUGAUAGAAGGCAGUGCUCAGAUCAUGUCACUAUUAAAGCAGACUAAAAAU